AUGGCUACUUCGGCUACCACGACUUUAAUGACAUUCCUUGUACGGACUCCUCCUUCAACCCGGUCCGUCCGCCUUUUCGGCUCAUGGGACAACUUUGCAAAGGGCUACCCCAUGGAAAAGGACUCGCGUACCGGUAGAGGCCAUUGGAGAGGAUGCCACACCUUCACCAACAUUAUCUGCGAUGGCCACGGGAAUCCAAUCUAUCCGGGUCGAGAUGGUGGCCUGAAGAUGGGCGGGACUUACUGGUACUACUAUGUCCUUGACGGUGACUUGGAUUAUUAUAAUGAGUCUGAAGCCUGGACGACAUCGUGCCCUUUGCUACCUGGACAGCCGCUUCACCUGUCGGUUCCGCAGACCAUGAAUCCUGGUGACAAGUAUGUCAACCCAAGGCCACCACCGCGCCCUCAACUGCCCCGGCUGGUCACUUCUCCUGCUGCCCUGGCACCGCAGGAGGCUCGUGGGUCUCUCGCGUCUCCUGGACCUCAAACGCAUGGCAGGAGCUUCUCUCAGCCCCGAGCCGCUAGUCGCAAGUUCAAGGUUGGCGGGAAACUAUCCCUAGAUCUGAAACUCCCCAUGAGCAGCCUUGCUCCUAAAUCAUCUGGACUUCGUACUGCAUUCUUCAACCGUGUGUCUCCUCGCUCAGCCACUCACGAGACCUCGGAGAAGCACACGAAAGUGCCAGAAAUAUCCUUGACCAGAGAUACUCCCGUGCUUGAGCAGAGUCAUCAAACCCGAACGAAGAAUUAUCAUCUUCGUUCAGAAUACCCAGGCACUUCCUCAACCUUAGCUUCUCCGUGUGGUUCGCCUGCAGACCUCGUCAUUGACGACAGGUUUCCCGAACAGGAGAAUACGAACUACCACCCGAAUAUAAAGACUAAUUGCCAUACCUUGGACCCAUUAUACCAAACAGGACAUUCCAAAACCCGCUCCAGGUCCCGAAGCCCUGCCCAAACGCCGUUGAGGAAUUCUGUCGAUUACGAUGCCGACCCCAGCCAGGACACCACGGCUACAAACACUACCACCACACAUCCUUCAACAGUAGAAGUGCCAUGCAAGCUCGAUGGCCAUGAGCCUCUAUCUCCCAUCGACCUCUACUCCAAACGUCUUCCCACACUUCCUAACAGUCCCUCUUCCGUCUUGGAUGAAACAUUCAACUCCACAUGGACAUCCACACCUUCAUACCAACCCCUCGACUUCAACCACUUACAAAGCCACUUCUCCAAGUCCACCGUCGACUCAUCCUCCCCGAGUUUGACUCCAUCCCCUCAUGAAUCGCCUCUACUCCCAAGCGGUAGCCGUUUCUCCGACUGCAGCACCGACACCGAAAUAAUUUCCCCAUGCUCCAUGACAUCAUCAUCCACCUUCAACAACGACAGCAACUCUCCAGCAAACUACAGUAUCUCGGCAAGUACCUCGUUAGACAGUAACUUGUCUGAUAUCUGUCAAGACUCUAAGCAAAACUAUCUUGACGUCUUCGGCCUGUCUAACCUGCAUAUCGGUCAAGACGAGGCCAAGAACGCAGAACCUGCCUUCUCAUGGAUGACAUCUGAUCCCUUCAGCGACGAGAAGAUCAGUCUUUGUGGGAAAACCGAUGCAUCCUCAGUUACCAUCAACGCCAAAACACAGGGCUACAGCUCUAACAGCGAGCAGGCCGAAGCUACCAUCAACAACAUGAUGCAGGAGCUGAUUGAGGAUAUGGGGUAUCUCGGCGAUAUGAUUGAUACGUAUCCUGAGAAGAUCUAAUUCUUUUCCUCUUCUUCUUAGCGUGCCUUUUCCUUUUUUUUUCUAUGCAUUUCUGUCUCGCUUUCGGUUGUUCAUCGAGCAGAAUCGGCGUUUGAGUGUUGCUAUUAUUUGACCUGUAUUGUAACUAGUCAGUGUCCGGUCUAAAAGCAGAACAUUCAGUAGAUACAUUGAGCGAAUCACAAAAUAUUCAUCCUAGAAAACGUUUGCAGAAUAGUAACUAUCUACUCGUUUUAAUAAAAAUCAACCUCGUUGUAGUUGGAUGUUCCAGUGAUAAGCCGUACAUCAUUUUCGUGGUGACAACCUCAGAAAUAACAUCAACCAGCACCAUCAAUAACAACCGCCAACCCCAUUCAUAAAAGAGCAAGAUACACUCGCUACAUCAAUUGAGCGCAGGCCAAAGCGCAAAGAUACCCCCAGAAUCAUCGGACACGCGGGAUUAGCUGUCCAUCGUGAGAGUGUGUAGCGCCGCCCCGCGAUGGCUUCACCAGCGAGCCCAUCAGCCAUCGCGGCCGAAGAAAAAGAGCCUGCAACGCUCAACUCGGUGGCUGAAAAGGACCUAGCUGCAAGAUGCAAGCCGCGGACCAUCGCGUACUGUCCUAACAUGGAUUUGGUUGCAGUCGUUACCGAGGACGAGCAGGUGAAUGUGUACAGGCUGAACGGCCAGCGGGUGUUUGGCGGGGCCUACGGGCUGGGAGAAGAAGACGGCGAGGAGGGCGUUGUGAGAGCCGUAGGGCUAAGGUGGAAGGAGAAUGGGCGGGUGUUGGCUGUUGCUUGCUCGGAUAACAGGAUACGCCUGUUGAGCUCCUACAG